UCAUCUCCGUUGCCUUCUUAAACCAUAAGCCUUCAUCAAAAAGAAAAUGUCAUCUGAAUCGAAAAUCGCCAUGGCGAAAACAGUUGUUUCCACCAUCGGGUCUGUGGCCGCAGCGUCGAUGGUGGUUCGCAGCGUGGCUCGUGAUUACUUGCCUACUGAAUUCCAAGACUACCUCUAUUUCGGCCUCCGAAAUUUCAUCAACAAGUUAUUCAGACAGUUAACCGUAGUGAUUUACGAGUCCGAUGGCAUUCAAGAAAACGAGAUGUAUAAUGCCGCGACACUCUACCUUGGCUCCCGAACAUCUUCUGAAACACACCGUCUAAAGAUCACCAAAAACCAUAGCGAGAAAAACAUAAAUGUUGCUAUGGAGAUCAAUGAUGAGUUUAUUGAUGUAUACAAUGGAGUCAAAUUCAAGUGGUCUUUGGUUUCUAAAGAGCUGCCCACCACAGAAUAUUUCGAUUACAACAGCAACAGAUAUGUCAGAUCGGAUAAACGAUCGUUGGAACUCACGUUUCAUCGCAAACACAAAGAUCUAGCGUUGAACGAAUACCUGCCGUUUAUACUUAAUGACGCCAAAACUAGAAAAAUAGAAGAGAAUACGGUGAAGCUAUUCACCGUUGAUACGUACCAAAGAUCCGAGUGGACUUCGGUGAAUCUAGACCAUCCAGCGACAUUUGCCACAUUGGCGAUGGAGACCGAUGUGAAGGAGAAGGUGAUGAAGGAUUUAGAUAGGUUUGUGGAGAGGAGAGAGUAUUAUCGAAAAGUCGGAAAGGCGUGGAAGAGAGGGUACUUGUUGUAUGGUCCCCCGGGUACGGGGAAAUCAAGCCUGGUCGCGGCUAUGGCGAAUUACUUGAAAUUUGAUAUAUAUGACUUGGAGUUGGCUGACAUUUAUUCAAACGCGGAGCUGCGUAGGUUGUUGGUGGCAACGUCAAACCGGUCAAUACUAGUGGUGGAGGACAUUGAUUGCUCGGUGGGGUUGCACGAUCGAGAGGAAGUUGUUCGAGAUAACGACAAGCAGGAAGAAUAUAGAGUAACAUUAUCAGGGUUCCUUAACUUCAUUGACGGUUUAUGGUCAAGUUGUGGUGAUGAGAGAAUCAUAAUAUUCACCACAAACAGGAAAGAUAAACUUGACCCUGCACUGCUUCGACCUGGUCGUAUGGACGUUCACAUCAACAUGUCAUAUUGCACCGCGAGUGGGUUCCGAUUGCUAGCGUCCAACUAUCUUGGUGUCACGCAACAUGAACUUUUUGAAGAAAUUGAGGAUUUGAUUGGUGAGGCGGAGGUUACCCCGGCCGAAGUAGCUGAGCAACUACUCAAGGAAGAUGAUCCUGACAUUGCUCUCGGUGGACUCAUCGAGUUUUUUGAUGUGAAGAAGAAUGAGGCCAAAGAAAAAGCAAAAAUGAAACAAGAAGUGGUAGCAAAAAACGGUGAAAAGAUAGAAGAAAUUGAAAAGAAUGACAUUAAAUCUAUAGUUGAUUAAAUUGUAAUUUACCUGUUCAAUUGUCAAUGUUAUAUACAGUUGAUUAAAA